UUCCCAGUCUUACAUCUGCACAAAACAAUCCACACUCACCCAGUACCAGACGAAGCUCAAAACUCCACACAAAAAAUUCUUUUUAAAAAAAGACCCAAAGAAGAAGAACAAUAAAUCAUAACUAUGGUUGCCGUAGCAGCAGCAACAGCAUACUCCCACUUUGUUUUUUCAAAAUCAGCUUCUUCUUCUUCGUCCUCUGCUUCUCCCUCGCGUCUCUGUCCCUUCCAGUUAUGCGUCUUCGACCCAAAAUCAGAUCUUUGUGCUUCAAAUUACACCAGCGGCAGGAAAAAGCAAGCGGGUGAGGGCGGAUUCAGAUGUGCAGCGGUGGGAUCGGCGGCGGAAGCGACGGCGAGGACGAAGAAAAAGAGUGGGUAUGAGAUAGAGACGCUGACGGGGUGGCUGUUGAAGCAAGAGGUGGCAGGGGUGAUAGACGCAGAGCUGACGAUAGUGUUGUCAAGCAUUUCAAUGGCGUGCAAGCAAAUAGCGUCUCUGGUUCAGAGAGCAAACAUAUCGAACCUCACAGGGAUUCAGGGUGCCGUUAACGUCCAAGGAGAAGACCAGAAGAAAUUGGACGUCGUCUCCAACGAGGUAUUCUCAAACUGCCUGAGAUCAAGUGGGAGGACAGGAAUAAUAGCGUCAGAGGAAGAGGAUGUGCCAGUGGCAGUGGAAGAGAGCUAUUCAGGAAACUACAUUGUUGUCUUUGACCCUCUUGACGGUUCUUCCAACAUUGACGCUGCCGUCUCCACGGGAUCCAUCUUCGGCAUCUACAGCCCCAACGACGAGUGCCUCGCUGACGUCGGCGAAGACCCCACUCUUGACAAAGCAGAGCAGAGAUGCGUGGUGAACGUGUGCCAGCCAGGGAGCAACCUGCUAGCAGCAGGAUACUGCAUGUACUCCAGUUCCGUCAUCUUCGUUGUCACACUGGGACAAGGAGUGUAUGCUUUCACGUUGGACCCCAUGUACGGGGAAUUCGUGCUGACACAAGAGAAGAUUCAGAUCCCAAAAGCAGGCAAAAUCUAUGCCUUCAACGAAGGGAAUUACCAGCUGUGGGAUGACAAGUUGAAGAAGUACAUAGACGAUCUGAAGGACCCGGGCCCUUCAGGGAAGCCAUAUUCGGCAAGGUACAUAGGGAGCUUGGUAGGGGACUUCCAUAGGACUCUGCUGUAUGGAGGGAUUUAUGGGUACCCAAGAGACAAGAAGAGCAAGAAUGGGAAGCUAAGGCUGCUCUAUGAGUGUGCUCCCAUGAGCUUCAUUGUAGAGCAGGCUGGUGGUAAAGGCUCUGAUGGCCAUCAGAGAAUACUUGACAUUCAACCCCUGGAAAUCCAUCAGCGCGUUCCACUGUACAUUGGCAGUAAAGAAGAGGUGGAGAAGGUGGAAAAGUAUUUAGCUUGAUUCAUAUGUUGAUCCAAAGACACUUGUUUGUCAACAUUAUGCUGGACUCAAUCUUCUAAAGCAAUAUUCACUCUCAAAAGUAUUUUUGAAGCCAGAUUUAUAUUUCUUCCUUA